GGCGCUUGGAGCGAUUCGACAGCAUGGCGUCUGUGGCGCUCAGCGAGGCAGAGAAGGUGUACAUCGUGCACGGCGUCCAGGAAGACCUCCGCGUGGAUGGCCGUGGCUGCGAGGACUACAGGUGCAUCGAAGUGGAAACUGACGUGGUAUCCAACACCAGUGGGUCUGCCAGGGUCAAGCUGGGCCACACGGACAUCUUGGUGGGAGUGAAAGCAGAAAUGGGGACGCCGAAGCUGGACAAACCAAAUGAAGGCUACUUAGAGUUCUUUGUUGAUUGUUCAGCCAAUGCCACCCCUGAAUUUGAAGGCCGAGGAGGUGACGACCUUGGCACAGAGAUUGCUAACACGCUCUACCGGAUAUUUAACAAUAAGGGCAGCGUUGACCUGAAGUCCCUCUGCAUUAGUCCUCGGGAGCACUGCUGGAUCCUCUAUGUGGAUGUGCUGCUUUUGGAAUGUGGUGGAAAUUUGUUUGAUGCCAUCUCCAUUGCUGUAAAGGCUGCUCUCUUCAAUACAAGGAUACCAAAAGUUCGCGUCAUAGAGGAUGAAGAGGGAACAAAGGACAUUGAACUGUUUGACGACCCAUAUGACUGCAUCCGGCUAAGUGUGGAGAAUGUCCCCUGCAUUGUCACUCUGUGCAAGAUUGGCUGUCGGCACGUGGUAGAUGCCACUCUUCAGGAGGAAGCCUGCUCCUUGGCGAGCUUGUUGGUGUCUGUGACCAGCAAGGGGGUCGUGACAUGCAUGAGGAAAGUUGGGAAGGGCAGCUUGGACCCAGAGAGCAUCUUUGAGAUGAUGGAGGUGAGGCUCUAG